UACGUGAGGUUUGGCAAUCCCCACAGCCUUUGUUUCUCCUGCUGUAUAGAGAUAGCAGGGAUAAGUCUUUCCAGCUGGGAUCACGAUGAUAGAGAGCGUAGUACUUCCCAGCCUCAGCAGUGACUUGAUCACGAUCACUGAACUUCUCACGGAAGAGAGCAGCCCUGGCCUCUGUCUCCAGAUAUGGCAGUAAAGACUGGUAUGAGGAGGUGUGGAUUGAGGGAU